AUGAGCAAACCAAAACCUCUUAAACCAACAGUAACUAAGCAUGUAAGCCACCACCACCAGAAGCCUCAGAAAACAGAAAAACAACCCUCUUGGGCAGUGGUAAGAGGCUUAUUGUCUUGUAAAAAUGUGCAGCUGGAAAAACCACGGCCACAGCAACAGAAUCAGGAAAGUAGUAAUAAAGAAGCAGUGAAGAAGAAACAGCAGGCACAAAGAAAGCUUCUUCAAGAGGAAGAGAACAACAACAGCAAGAAGUGCAAGAAGAUGAAGUGUUCAGGCUCUCUAUGCAACAACACCAAGAUCACGGCGACGAGGCCGGAGACCGGAACACCGGAUAUUCACAAGAGAAGGAUGAUGACAUCAAUUACCAACAAUGAUGGUUCUUCAAGCAGAUCCAUGAAGGCACCUCUGAAUGAACUCACCAACAACAAUGGUGUUGUUUCUGCAUCUUCUUCUUCACUCUCAGCAUCUUCUACCUCCUCUGCCGGUGGUUCUUCCUUCAGGGGAAUGCCAUUCAGAAGACUCUCUGGUUGCUAUGAGUGUAGAAUGGUGGUAGAUCCUGUUCUUGGUUUCACCAGAGACCCUUCUCUUAGAACCACCAUUUGUUCAUGCCCUGAUUGUGGUGAAAUCAUGAAAGCUGAGAGCUUAGAGCAUCAUCAAGCUGUUAAACAUGCAGUUUCUGAGCUUGGACCUGAGGAUACAAGCAAGAACAUAGUUGAGAUCAUAUUCCAUUCAAGCUGGCUAAAGAAGCAGACACCAGUGUGCAAGAUCGAUCGAAUUCUCAAGGUUCAUAACACUCAAAGGACUAUAGGAAAAUUUGAAGAGUACAGAGACUCCAUUAAAGCAAAGGCUACAAAGCUCACAAAGAAACAUGCUCGUUGCAUAGCAGAUGGAAAUGAGUUACUCAGAUUCCAUUCCACAACCUUCUCAUGCUCACUCGGCCUAAACGGUUCAUCCAACCUCUGCAAUUCAAUACCUCUUUGCAAUGUUUGCAGCAUAAUCAAGCAUGGUUUCAAGGUCACAACCGGAGAAGCUGCCAGCGGCAUUCUAACCACGGCCACAAGUGGAAGGGCUCAUGACAUGGCCGGAUUGUCGCCGGCUGACGAAGGAAGCGAAAAGAGGGCAAUGCUGGUUUGCAGGGUGAUAGCAGGGAGAGUUAAGAAGAACAAUGCAGAAGGUGGUAAUAGUAAUAGCAGCAGCAGCACCAUGGAUGAGUAUGAUUCAGUUGCAGGAGAAGUUGGAGCUUAUUCCAACUUGGAUGAGUUGUAUGUGUCUAAUCCAAGAGCUAUAUUGCCAUGCUUUGUUGUAAUCUAUAGAGGGUUUUGAUAUGAUUAUUAUGUCAACUUUCUUUAGAUUCUUAGUUUCUUUUGAUUUAUUAGCUGUAAUUCCAAGUUUAACAUCAUCUGCUUGAAUUAUUAUUAUUAGCACUUUCUAGGGGAAUUAAUAUAUCAGUUUUCCACUGAUUUUUGUAACUGUUAGUAGGUAUGGUAAUAGAUGUUAGACUUUAUCUAUAGUUGUAUAAUGUAUAUUAUGGCAUUUAAAUUCACCUUAUAAUCUUGUCAUAACCAUGGUUGUAUCUAUGUAGCAGUAGCUAAGUUUGGUUUGGUUGCCCACGA